AUGAAGUGCUUCGCUCUCCUAUCAGCGCUUGCCCUCCUUCCCGGCGCCUUGAGCGUAACCGUCUACCUGGCGGGUGAUUCGACCAUGGCCAAGAACGGAGGUGGAAGUGGCACUGACGGAUGGGGUCAGUACAUCUCCUCCUCCGUCUCCGCCACAGUAUCGAACAAGGCAGCUGGCGGCCGCAGUGCUCGCUCUUAUACCCGCGAAGGUCGUUUCCAAGCCAUCGCAGACGUCCUGAACGCAGGCGACUAUGUAGUCAUCGAGUUCGGGCACAACGACGGCGGCUCCCUCUCCACCUCCGAUAAUGGCCGUACAGACUGUCCCGGAACAGGCGACGAGACCUGCACUACAACUUACAACGGUGUCACGGAAACCGUACUCACCUUCCCCAAGUACUUGGAGAAUGCUGCGAAGUUGUUUCUGUCCAAGGGUGCCAAGGUGCUGAUCUCCAGUCAGACGCCCAACAAUCCGUGGGAGACCGGCUCCUUCUCCUAUUCUCCGGCGCGCUUUGUUGGUUACGCCAAAUUGGCUGCACAGACCGCUGGCGUGGAUUAUGUGGACCAUGGCGCCUAUGUGGCCAACAUCUAUAAAUCUCUGGGCCAGACGACCGUCGAUUCGUAUUUCCCGAAUGACCACACUCAUACCAGCCCUGCAGGAGCUCAAGUUGUUGCAGACGCUUUCCUCAAGGCUGUAGUGUGCAGCGGCGCUAAUCUGAAGAGCGUCUUGAAAACAACGAAUUUCCCGGGCAGCUGCCUGUGA